AUGCCCUUCAAGCUCACCAUGUCGGCGAUACUACCGCCAAAGCUCAGCACCGCCCUCAUUAGAAACCGUAUAAGACGAUACAGGCACAUUUUUACCUAUGUGGGCUGCAUUCUAUUCCUGACGGCCGCGCUGAAUCUGGACCUGCUUUUCCCAACAUCGCACCACAUACGAGAAGUCACUGUUGCGCCACCUCGUCCCGAGCUGCCUGGCGAUACAUUUCCCCAGAAAAUCUGGCAAAUAUGGAAAACAGAUCCGUUAUUUUUCGGAGUCACUGAAACCUCUCGGGCCAUGACCUGGCUCCAGAAGAACCCCCAGAUGCGCUACGAGGUCAUCACCGACACCAACGACAGGACCUAUGUCGAACAUUUUUUUGGCCCCCUGGGAUUUGGCCGCCAAGACAUUGUCGAUUUUUAUAAUAAUAUUCAACUGCGCAUCAUUAAAGCUGAUUUACUACGCUAUAUGGUUUUAUACGCCGAGGGUGGAAUAUAUGCUGACAUUGACGUCGAGGCUAUCAAGCCCUUUCACCGCUUUAUCCCACAACGCUUCAACGAGCGAGACUACGACCUCAUUAUUGGCAUUGAAGUGGACAUGCCUCAUUUCCGCCAGCACCCCAUUCUUGGCCAGAAAUCGCAGUCAUUCUGCCAGUGGACAAUCAUCUCACGGCCACAACACCCGGUCAUGAUGCUCCUGAUUGAGACAAUUAUGAAGUGGUUCACAGGCGUCGCCAAGGAGCAGGGCGUCGCCAUCAAGGAUGUUGAGCUAGACUUUGACCAGGUCAUCACAGGAACGGGCCCGUCGGCCUUUACCACUGCUGUCCUGGCGGAAAUGAAUAAGGCAUCGGGCGGAGCAGAGAUUACUUGGGACCAUUUUCACAAAAUGGACGAGUCCAAGGUGGUGGCGAGAGUGCUUGUCCUCAACGUCGAGGCCUUUUGCGCUGGCCAAGGGCAUUCCGACUCGGGUAACCAUGGCUCCCGCGGUGCACUGGUAAAGCACCACUAUCACGCAUCUAACUGGCCCAGUAAGCAUAAGCGCUAUAGCCAUCCCGCGUUUGGCGCGGUGGAAGAGUGCAACUGGAACAAGGGCUGCGUGGAGCAAUGGGACAAGGAUGUGGCAGAGUACGAGCACCUCUCAGAAGAUGACAAGAAGGCCAAGAUUCUAGAGCGCCUAAAGCUUCUACAACAGCCCGCGUAG